UGAACGCGUUUCUAGUCGAGACGCUGUAGCAGAGGCACUGAUCGGAAAUGCUGCUCCGCCCACCGGGACGCGGUCGCUAUGGUAACUGGUCAGCUCUUCGCUGGAGUUUACUAGCAAUGGAAAUGGUAAAUACAGAAGCAGAGGAUCACAGAGAAGCACUAUCUCAGUCUUCUUUAUCCCCCUUGACAAAAGUAAUGGAGUUAUCACAGCAAAGCCACCCUGAAGGUACCUUGGAGGGGAAUACUGUGGACCCAAUUUACAAAUAUGUUUUGAAUGAUUUACCAAGGGAAUUUAUGUCAUCCCGGACAAAAGGAGUUAUUAAAACUACUGAUGAUUAUUUGCAGCCUCAGUUUGGCCCCAACAGCCUUUUGCAUUCAGUAGCAGUAUCAGAAGGGUCAGGACUUCAAGAUUGCUCCACACAUCAAACAGCAUCAGAUCACAGCCAUGAUGAAAUACCAGACCUAGAUAGCUACAAAUCAAACAGUAAAAACAAUUCUUGGUUUUUAUCAGCAUCCAAGAGAAACAGACCUGUCAGUGCUCCAGUGGGUCAACUGAGGGUUACAGAGUUUUCUCCUUUAAAAUUUCAGUUGGCCCAGAAUUGGCAUAGAUUGUCUCAAAGACACAAGCUUCAACCAAGAGUGAUUAAAGUAACAGCUUACAAAAAUGGAUCUAGAACAGUCUUUGCCAAAGUUACUGUACCAACCAUCACCUUGUUGCUGGAGCAGUGCACAGAAAAGCUGAAUCUGAACAUGGCUGCAAGACGAGUGUUCUUGGCAGACGGCAAGGAAGCCUUCGCACCUAAAGAUAUACCCUAUGAAGCCGACGUUUAUAUUUCAACGGGAGAGCCUUUUUUAGAUCCAUUAAAAAAAAUUAAAGACCAUCUGUUGUUAAUGAAGAAAGUAACUUGGACAAUGAAUGGGUUGAUGCUUCCUACUGUCAAAAGACGGAAAACCAAGCCUGUUCUUUCUACUAGAAUGAAGAAACUUACUGAGAAGACCUCAGUCCGAAUUCUGUUCUUUAAAAAUGGCAUGGGGCAGGAUGGGCAUGAGAUUACAGUGGGAAAGGAAACAAUGAAAAAGGUUUUAGAUACUUGUACAAUGAGAAUGAAUCUAAAUUCGCCAGCCAGAUACCUUUAUGAUUUGUAUGGCAGAAAAAUUGAAGAUAUUUCAAAAGUUCCUCUGCUUGAAAAAUGCCUGCAAAAUUCCAUCACACCUUUGCGGGGACCACUUUGGGUCUCUAAGGGAGAAGGUUUCAGCCCCUCAGGAGCUAAGAUGUACAUCCAAGGAGUUCUUUUGGCCCUGUACCAACGAUUAAAGUCUGCAAAAAAAUAUUAUAAACAGUUGAACUUGGCUGUGAAUGAACAGAAGGAGAAAAUUACAGAAAAAGUUAUUCUUUCAAUGACAGCAAAGGAGAACCAUAAGGCACAAGAAGAAGUGAGCAGGCUGAUUGAUGAAUUGCAGACAGCUAUCAAAAGCAACAAAGGUCAUCUCUCUAAACUUGGCCCCCAAUUACAGGCUGAGCAGGAGCAAUUCUCCUCUUAUGUCUACCAACACAUUAAAAGCCUUCCAGCAAACACUCUUAUCCCAGGAGACCUGCAGCUCAAGGUGUUUGAAAAUGGUACAAACACUGGAGAGAUCUCUGUUCAUAUCAGUAAAAAAGAUUUGAGGUCUAAUAGCCCAGCUCAAACUGACGAUAUGAUGGAAAGAUUACUUCUGAGGAUUCAUCAAAGGCUUCAAGGUUCUUCCAUCAACCCACUAGGCCUCAAUUUUUCUUCAAUCCAGCUUUUUGAUGAGAAUGGUCAACAAAUUAAGAAUCCACUUUUGCUGAAGAAUGAGCAAAAAAUUUGGGUUUCUUAUGGUCAAGCAUACAGGUCUCCACUAAACCCUGUUUUGGGGUUGACCUUUGACCAAGUGACUGCAUUUGCCAGAGGUGGCAUCAUAGUUGCAUAUAAGACCUUUUUGGAUCCUAAUGCUGUUCUGCUACCUGGAUGUGACAAUUGGGAAAUUUGUGAAGGAUUUCCAAUUAAUUUUAACUACACCAGUCAACAGAUACCUGAGCAGUUUGAAAAGGUGGACUUGGAGAAUCAUUUUUUACAGAACAAGGUGGAUCCCAAUAUUGUCCUUUCUGCCUCUGUUUCUAUUGGAAAGCGGAAUUUCUCAAAUAGUGGAACAAGCAGUGGGACUCAGGUAGCGCUGUCGGUCCCAUGGCCUGCAACCAGUGUGUGGCUGAUCACGAAGACUGGAAUGAUCCUGAGCAGAGCAAUAACUCAGGGCUGCCUAGCCAUUGGUCAUCCAAUCAGAGUCAAGACUGCUGAGGGAACAUCACUAGAAGGAUAUAAAUUAAUACUACAGAAAAGACACAAAGGCGAUGAAUUUCAGAAGUGGGUGUUUGGAACUGAUGGCUGUAUUUGUUCUAAGGCUUAUCCUCAGUUUGUUCUGACCUACUUAGAGGAGCUAAAUGCACAAGUGGAUGUGACCCAGACAGAGUAUCACAUUCACCAUGGUGCCUGGACCACAGCUCAUCAGGAAUGCGGCAGAAACUUAGCAGAAGAGGUUCUGCAAAAAAGUGCCAGCAACUCUGUUCUGAAGCAACUGCCAGAACCCUCAGACACCCAUUUAAUGCCAGAAGGUUCUUUUGAGGAGACAGGACAGCUGACAGUGGCACUAGUGAGGAAACUGGAAGAGAAACAUCCUAAGGCUUCUGCUCAGAGAUGGGCCAUAAAACAUGAAGGGACCAGUAAGCCAGACCAGUGGAAACAUUCCAGAGUUGAAAAUCCUCUAUGGAACAAGCUUACCUACAUGUGGCCAGUCCUUCCCAAUGGCCAACUUAAUGAGGGGUUUGAUUGGCCAAUAGAAGGACUGCUUGUUCCAAAUAGUCCUCCCAUGAAAAAACCCAUCUGUAAGACACCAGAGCAAUAUGUCCCUUUGAGACUCAGAGUUUUGCGGAAUGGAGACAAGAAUAAAAACAGAUCCCUUACUAUACUCGGUCCAGCCAUCUCACCUGGACGGAAAACACAAAGUGUUAACACUAAAAGGAAAGAGAAAAUCUGUGUCACUAAGUAUUCUGAAACAGAAACAAACCAGAGUGAAUUUUACCAACUUUUGGAAAGGUGCACUGAAAUUUUAAAUUUACCUUCUGCAGCUCGGAGAUUGUUCAAUGAAAAGGGGAAGGAAAUAUUUACCCUAGAAGACCUGAAAAGAGAUGAACUGGUGUAUGUUUCAUGUGGAGAACAUUGGAUCAAUCCUGAUCUGUCCAUUGCUCAGCAAAAGAAACAAAUCUUCCUGAGGAACCUAGCGUCAGACGUUUCCAAAAUUCAAGCCUUCUGUAGCACACGUAAGAUAGAAGGUCUUGUUUUAGAAGUCGAAAGUCACAUUGUGUCUGGAGGCAAGCUUGCUGUGAAACCGAUAGCAAUUUUUGGAGAAAAGAAGCAAGUUAUAGAAGCAGAAGAAAAGCAAAUGCAAAAAGAUACUUUAACAACAGAAAAUGCUUCCACUGAAAUUCUAGACUCACAUACAAGGGCCCAUCGCCGAAUGAAGGCUUGUCACACACUUCUCAGGUAUGCCUGGCAGGAAAUUUUGGAUGACUUUGAUGGGGAUGACAGUCUUCCAAAGGAAAUGGAAAAAGAGCUCUUUGAAAAUGUGGAACCACAGAAGAAACACAGCUAUUUGCCAGAGCGUGGUAAAUUGCAGAAGCUUUGCCUUCAGCAGUUUGAAUACACAGAUGAGCAAAUUGUAAGCUGUGCUGCUCCUCAGCUAGUCUUGGGGGUGCAAAGUCUCAACCUCCGGUCAGGCAUGGAGGUGGUUUUGGUGGAGAAGAAAUCUGUUGGUAGUCAUCAACACUGGAUAUACAAGAAAGACAGCAGGACCUUUCACCUGGUGAGUAACCUGGACCUUGUGCUGGCUGUGUCUAUGACCAAGGCUAGAAAUGAUGUCUGUGGCUAUCCAGUUAUUGUUCAGAAAUAUAACCCAAACAGCAAUGGGACUGCCAAUCAAAAGUGGAAUUAUGUGGAAAAUAUGAAAGCAUUUAUAGCCUUUCAGAGCACUUCCCUGAAUAAGGAAAUUACAUCAGCAAAUUACGCUGGUGUUUGUACAUCAUCUGUGAUUAAAGAAAAAAACAUUGACCAACCAGGUUACUAUUAUUUCUCACGUGAUGGAAAGAGAAAAAUGAUGCUCUGCUUGGCUUGUGGACAAUCCAUGAGAGCAGAGAAGGGACUAAAAGAGUUGCUUCCAGGGGUUCCAUUCUUUUGUGUUUCAGGCUCCAAGACUCAGAAGCCCUUCUCACGAGGGCCGUUCAAGGUCAUCAAUGUGGCUGAGGCUGAUUUAUCAUCAUACAAGGCUGAAAAAACUCUAAGUUAUUAUGAAGAACGUCUAUUAUCUUUACGGAUGGAGACCUGCACGCAAGCUGUAUCUCACAGUGGUAUGGCAGCUACGUACCAGAAGGCAGUGAAAAUAAUUGCAUACAAAAAUGGGGAUGGAUAUCGUAAUGGGAAGUUAAUUGUGGCUGGAACAUUCCCCAUGCUUCUUACAGAAUGCACAGAACGACUUGGACUUGCCCAAGCAGCCUCAAAAGUAUAUACCAAAGAUGGAACUACAGUCUUCACCUUGCGUGAUUUGGUUUUAUGGGCUCUAGAUGAAUCCUUUAUCCAGAGAGACUCUGAGGAACAAAAGAAAGACCCCACUCCUGUUGGAACAGAAGAGUUAACUAUUAAAAAAAACCUGAGAAUGAACGUGAAAAACAAAUUAUUUCCAAAGUCUGUGACAUCUGAUAGUUUGGAUGGUAUUGAUAAGUCUGUGCUUGCCCUCAUCCUUAGAAAUCCUAUUGCCAUCUGGGUAUCUUGUGGUGAACCAUUUCUACCUCCAAAUGCUUUGCAGGAAGGAGAAAAAUUAGAGAAACAAAACUGGCUUAAAAAGGACAAAAUUUUGGCUGAUCUGGAUACCAUGAAACACAAAAUGAGACAGUUAAAAGGGCGGCGAGUAGCAGCAUGUCAGCCGGCCACCAUGGUUCCCACCAAGAGCCCUGUGCAGCCAGUGGUGGUUGAAGGAGGUUGGACCAAGCAGACUCAAGAGGAAAUUAAACUCAUGGAACUUAUACAACAUACAGAGGCACACCUUUCUGAAGUCCAAGAACUGCAAUCCAAAAGAAAUUCUCAAAUUGCUUCUACAGCCAAGCAGAGCAGCCUGUAUAAGCAACCCCAAACAAAACGAGUAUGGAUUUAUCUAAAUGGAGGCAGACCUGAAUACGGCACUUAUGCCUGGGGCAGAACUAUUUCAGAGCUGCUGGAUGACUGCUCCUCUCGUCUCAAAAUGGCCCACCCAGCCAGAGCACUGUACACCCCAGAGGGAGAGCUGGUUCAGUCAUGGGAUGACAUAGAGCGAGACAUGGUCAUCUGCGCAUCUACAGGGCAUGGCUUUAUAACCCAAAAAGAGUUAAAGCAACAAUUAGAGGUCAGAGCAAAUUAUGCCAGAAUCCAAAGGCAGCAUGGCCCUCAAGCUACAGACACUGUGGUGUUGCCAUCCACAAAACUGCUAUCUCUGGUACAUCUCCACAGUUAACUCCUAUCGGAAUCAUCAGACGUUGUGCUGUGUUUUGCUGGAAAGAAAACUUUCUUCACCUAUGUGUAGACAGAAGUCUGUGACAGAAAAACCAAUUAUUUAGAUUGCUGAAGACUCUCUGAAUUUAAGCAAAUCCACUUCUGAAAAAGAAAACUGGAUGGUUUAUUUUAAAAAUUUACUCCUAAAAUCUAUCCUUCAAAAUACCUCAAUUUUUCAUGAGCAUAUUUUGAAGAAUAAAUAUUGACAAUAUAUAUCCACAGUAUCAUUGGAAACUAUGUCAUAAUCAAGGGCAUUGUUAGCCACAGAGAUUUUGUAUUCUAGUGAAAUCCUAUAUACAUUCUGUAGCUUUUCUAGUGUAUAGAGUGGCCUAUUGGGGAAAAACUGCAUGCAUAUUAAACAUGUUUUGUCUCCUCAACUAGAUGGUAAGUGCCUGGAGGGUGGAACCUUGGGGGACAGGGCUCUACCCACAGGGCUCAUUGAUGCAGCCGGUCAAUCCCUCUUCACAGCAACAUGAUGGGAAAAUGAGGUUCAGCCAUCUUCCACUCUGUGCUGGGCCACAAACCCAAAUUACAGCAGUACAGUGGGAAUAGAGGAUCUGCUUUAUAGACUUUCCUUUCAGUCAGCUGUUCAGGAACUACAAUCUUCAUAGUCAAAAUAAAUGGAGCUAUGGUUGAAUAGUCCUUUCUGCUUUUCAGAGGCAAGAAACACUUCUCAAAAUUGUGCAAAUGAAAUAAAUGUCAUGGUAUAAACUAGAUAUCUUAUAUUCUUAAAAUAUAUCUUUGGUGAUUAUACAUUUUUGUUUUAAAUGGCAAGUUUGAAGAAAAAUCCAGAAAUUAUGUGGAAGUACUAAUAAAUGAAUUGACAAUAUGUGAAACUUCAGUAGAUAAUUAUGAAACAGUUCUCAAGCUGUUUUGGUACAUAUACUCCUUUGAGAAUCUUUUAAAUAGCCAUAAUCUCACAAAAUGCACAUACAAAAAAAGUUUUUCAUACCAUUUUAUGAAGUUCACAGAGGUAUAGGGGAACUUUCCAAAUAAAGAAGUUCUGAUUUAAGAGAACAUAUUUCUGAUUUCCAUAAUCCUUAAGGUUUAGGAGACAUAUAAUCCACACUUCUCAAAUGGAAGAUUUCAAAAUACACAUCAGAUGAAGCAGACUCUAACUUUCACUGUGGUGAUAUGUUGUUUUGUUAUAUUCAAAAUCAAUAAACCAUGAAGAUUUCUUAGCAUCUUUGGGUGUGAUUUUUGCAUCUAGGAAUCUUAAGUGGGAAAAGAGAAGGAAAUAUAAACUUCCUCAAACAGUGUUCUUAAUUUUGGAUAUUCCUUGGAGAAAACCCUAUUACCUGGAAGGAAAAAAGCUAAUUAAGUCGACAUUUCUCACAACCACAAAGCCAUUUUACUUGCUUCUCUUUACAGGCAGAAGGAAUACAUGCUGUUUUCCUUUUGUCUGUCAGGAGAAUAAUAGGGAACACCGACAGGCCUGGCAUUUGGGGACUGAAACUGGGCAGAACAGUGGCCAUGUCAGGAACCUGCAUGGAAAUCACUGCUAUUUGGCCAUAGAAAACUAGGGCAUCUUGGGUUGGAACUCCCAGCUACCUCCACUGCUGCACUUUUUG